CAUGAGCAUCCGUGUCGUGAGGAUGUAGAAAACAAUCUCUGCACAUUGUUUAGCAUAUCAGAUAGGUUAGACUAAGUAUCAUUAGCCAGUUUUCCGUCUCUUUUCCUGCUUUUUAUCCUCGGUCUCCUUCAAUCUCCACUAAUUUCUGUGUGCUGCUCCCCAUCUACAGCUUGAAGCGCUGGCUGAACGCAAGCCUGCGUUGACAGAGUACCUGCUGCCUUGUGUAUAUUCUGACAUGGAUAGUGCCGAUCAGAGUGUAUGUUUUGGCUGGCAGUGAACACUUCGUCUGAGGAUCAGCUGGAGCAAGUUUCAGCCUAGGAAACGAGGAAAGGCACCAGGAGAGAAACAGGAAUGGAAAGAAUUCUUGAGAGAGCAAGACCAAGAGAGAAAGCUCUAAAUAGCUUCCAACUCUAAUGAAAAGAAAUGAGAAUAAAAAAGGCACUUUUUUAAGAGUGACAAGCAACUUGAGUGCACAAGAGGAGGUUGCCUUUUGUCUGGAGUUGCCCACGUAAUUGGACUGAGUAAAAGGGAAGUACAGACAAUACGGACCUGGAUCAAGGAGCGCCCCUCUACCCUAACCGAGGCAUCUGUUCUGAGGGAAAAGUCAACUCAUUUGACACCUAUAACUUUCCACUGUACACUUCGUCCACUGCGGCUUGUUGCCAGAAAGAACUUCUGUGCUUUCAAGGAGGUGGAGGGGAUACACAGGAGGGUGGGGGGGUUGAAAAAAAAGACCCGCUGCUCUCCAGGGCAUAUGGUCACGCUGGCCGAAGACAGCUGCUGACUCUCUGAGGGCUAAUUAUUCAUUCAUUCGGGGGAUUGAGGUAGAGGCAGGGGGAGAAAAGUUUAGCUAAUUUACAGCUGAAGAUGAGCCUGGUGUUGCAGUUCUGCUGAGGUUUUGGGAAGGUUUGUGUGUGUUAAAGUUUGCAUAUAGAGUGUGUGUGAAAAACAAAGGCUAAUAACUCUAAUUGCAGUCUGUGAGCAACUGUGCGGUUCCCUGGGCCGAAAACUUGCAUGAUGCCCAGCCACACCCGCUGUCAAUCCUGACACAUGUCACACUGAGACCAGCCUGGCAUUGCCAUGCUGCUGUCGAGCACAGGCAGGUGGUAGAACAUCUGAUGGCACGAGAUAGGAAAUUCUGAGAAUUCAUUGUGCCCUAGUGCUUAAGUUUAUGCAAAAACCUACAAGCUCUACAGAUGCAUCAAGAGCCAAUUCAUUGCUGAAUUUGUGAAUCAUUGUGAACUUCAUUGUGAAUUUAAAAUUCAAAGUGCAGCAGUAUUGUUUGUACUCGUUUGUGCGUGUUGCCAAUCUGGGCCAGGGGUCCAGCAGAGCUUUUGUCAAACACACUCAAGCUAACUCAAGCACUAACCUUUAAUGACACACCACCCCUGUGCUUUGGAAAGAAAUGGAAAGUUUGCGGAAAGGUCGGGGACAGUAGGAAGGGAACCAUCACUUUCUCCAUAGCGGAUGUAAUUUGGGAACAAAAUGCGUUGCUUGGAGACUGGUGGAAGCAUUUGUCAAAAUUUUUCUGAAAGGAACUGCAAUAAAGCCGAGAAGAACCAGUGGAGUUUAAACUGAUAUUUUUGGAACCAUUUUCGGAUUUCUUUCAUCUCAUCAAUCCUUUUUUUUCCUCAGAGUCUGUUUUGGAACACCUGUCGUGUUGGCGUACUUUAGGGAAAGCGCGGAGUGGAGUAUGACCAGUUGUCAGUACCCCACGCCGCCCCCGGAGCGGGACCGCAUGUACCAGCACAAAGUGUCGCUUGUUGUGCGAUACUUUAUGAUCCCUUGCAACAUCUGUCUCAUUCUGCUGGCCACUUCCACGCUUGGCUUUGCUGUGCUCCUCUUCCUCAAUAACUGUAGGUCACAGUUAGUGAAACAUGACAUGCAGUAUAAACCUAUUCACUUCACACCGUCUCCACCGCCUGAUGGUUGCCGAGGGAAGUUGUGUGGAUUUGGGGCGGUGUGUGAGAGAGAAACGGCUGACCCAUCUAAAGGGGAGUGUGUGUGUAAGAAGAUUGUAUGUACGACCGUGGUGGCACCAGUGUGCGGAUCAGACUCCUCCACCUAUUCCAAUGAGUGUGAGCUGGAGAAGGCCCAAUGCAACACACAGAGACGCAUCAAGGUGAUGCGCAAAGGCCCCUGUUCUCGGAAAGACCCAUGCAGUGAAGUGACCUGCAGCUUUGGUAGCACCUGCAUCCAGUCAUCAGACGGCCUGUCUGCCAAAUGCAUGUGUCCUUUGACUUGUGAGAAUGUCCCCAAGCACGUGGUAUGUGGCAGCGAUGGUCUGGAUUACCAAAGCGAAUGUGAACUCAACAUGAAAGCCUGUGCCACCCAGAAGAACAUCCAUGUGCAUCACCAAGGCCGCUGUGAUCCUUGCAGUUACAAAGACAACAGCUUAAGCAUGGUCUGUUGGGUGGAGACAAAAACCUACAAGGAGUUGAACUUUGCCCCACCAGAGUCAUGUCCGCCCACAGCACCCAUCUGUGCCAGCGACGGGCGCACCUACAAGAGCGAGUGUCAGAUGCUGGUGACGGCUAUGCAGAACAACCUGGAGCUCAAGCAGGUCUCCACAGGCAGAUGCAAGGUGGAAGGGGGCUGUCCGAGUGGCUGUAAGUUCAACGCACAGUGUUUGCUGGAAAACGGACAGUUUCGGUGUUCCUGCGACCCCAUUCGAUGCGACGGCACGUACAAACCCCUGUGCGGAAAAGACGGCAACAUGUAUCCCAACGACUGUGAGAGGAAACUUCAAGAGUGCCGGACCAAGACCGACAUCCCCAUCAAACAGCAAGGGCCCUGUGAUCUUAAUCGAGAGAGUCCCUGCCUAAAGAAGACCUGCGAUUUCGGAGCCGUGUGUGUGGUGAAGAAUGGCGAGCCUGUGUGCGAAUGCUCAGAUGCAUGUCCUCAGGACCAGGACCCAGUUUGUGGCAGUGACGGGCACACAUACAGCAACUCAUGUCAAAUGAAAGCCAUGGGAUGCACCCUACAGAAACAGAUACAGAUGCAGCACAAAGGACCUUGUGCAGAUGAAUACUGCUCCAACUGCUCCUUUGGCGCAAUCUGCGACAUUCAGACCGGCCAGUGCGUUUGCCCCAAAGGGUGCAUGGAAACACGACAGCCUGUGUGUGGAAGCGAUGGGGUGACGUAUGACAACGAGUGCAAACUGAAUGUGAAAGCCUGUGCUUAUCAGCUGGAUCUGAGAGUGGCGGCCCACGGAGAAUGCAAAACCUGUGGCAGCACUGUGUGUAGCUGGGGUGCGCGGUGUGAACAAAACAAGUGUGAGUGUCAGCAGUGCACAGGUCAGCUGGUUAAACCUGUGUGUGGCAGCGACGGCACCACCUACAACAACUACUGUGAACUGCGACUGGCCUCCUGCAAGACACAGAGGAAAAUAGAGGUGGCCAAACCUGCCAUCUGUGAUGAAGAUUGUGGAUCAGGAGGUUCAGGCUCAGGAUCUGAGACCUGUGAACAGGAUCGGUGUCAAAAGUAUGGUGGAUCGUGGGAUGAUGACACGGAAGAUGAUCGCUGCAUGUGUGACUUCACCUGUCAGACUGUGCCACGCAGCCUGGUGUGCGGCUCAGAUGGGAGCACAUAUGACAGCGAAUGCGAACUCAAGAAGGCCAGGUGCGAAAAGCAAAUGGACCUGAUGCUCCAGAGCCAAGGCCCCUGUCCAGCUUCCACAUCAUCUCCAACAGACUUGAUUGCCCCCCAGCACUGCAGUGAAACUCUUUACGGAUGUUGUCAAGACAACAAGAAUGCUGCCCUGGGUGUUGGACUGGCAGGAUGUCCCAGUGUGUGUCAGUGUAAUAAUUAUGGUUCAUAUGGAGGCACCUGUGACCCGUCUACCGGCCAGUGCUCCUGUAAACCAGGCGUUGGUGGACUCAAGUGUGACCGCUGCGAGCCUGGAUUCUGGAACUUCCGAGGCAUUGUGACAGAGAACAUGAGUGGCUGCACACCGUGCAACUGUGAUGGAGUGGGCUCAGUCCGUGACGACUGCGAGCAGAUGUCAGGGCUGUGCUCUUGUAAGCCUGGAGUUAAGGGCAUGAAUUGCAAUGUGUGCCCUGACGACAGCAAGAUGGGAGCCAAUGGUUGUGACAAAGGUCCUGAGGUACCCAAAUCCUGUGAUGAGCUGUUGUGCCACUUUGGGGCAUCAUGUGUGCAGGUGAAUGGUCAGGCUCACUGUGAAUGCCCGUCGCCAGACUGUGACGAGAAGAAUAAGACCAAGGUAUGUGGUUCAGAUGGGGUGACGUAUGCAGACCGGUGCCAGCUGAGAACCAUUGCAUGCCGACAAGAUAAGGAAAUCACUGUGGAGCAUUUAGGCCAGUGCAAAGAAUCCAUUGAGCUGGCGGCCAAACCCACCCCCUUCCCAACCACUCCCCGCACCACCCCUCCAACCGCUCACGUCAAGAUCCCCAACCAAGGCUAUGGCCUCACCACCACCUUCACCACCACUACAAGCAUUCUUGAAGAUGAAGACAGCUUUAUGUUGGAGGCACUGCCUCCUCCGUGGGUGGAGGAGGCCGAAAAUACAUCAUCUUUACCCAAGCACCACCUCACUACACCCUCCAAACCACCCCAUGCCUCAUCUCCACCCCCGGGCUCCAGCCAUGGCCUUGAGGAGGACUCGGGCAGUGGAGAGCCCAGUGGAGACGACGACAUGGAGGGUAGCGGAAUGGAGGCGAGCGGAGAAGAGCCACUUGGUACAACAGUAGCAACUACCACUCUUCCCUCAGCUGAGGAGCGGUCUUCCUGUGACAACACGCCAUUUGGCUGCUGUCCAGAUGGGAAGAUGGCCGCCAUCAACUCUGAAGGCACUAACUGCCCCUCCACCAUGCGCUUCAGUGGCUUCCUGCAUCUAGAUAAGGUGGAAGGUCAGGAGGUCUUCUACACCCCUGAGAUGGAGGACCCCAAGUCAGAGCUGUUCGGUGAAACGGCCAGGAGCAUCGAGAGUGAUCUAAAUGAGCUGUUCCGGAAGUCCAACGUCCAGAAAGACUUCCAGAGUGUCCGUGUGAAGAAUCUGGCCCCCAGCAACUCCAUAAUAGCCUUUGUAGAGGCCCACUUUGACCCAGACACAAGGUUUAGUGUGGAAGAUAUUGAGGGAGCUCUUCUCAAACAGCUCAAGGCAUCUAAAGACACUGGUAUCGUAGUGAAGAAACCUGAGGAAGAGAAUGUCCGUAUCACCAACUAUGGUCUUUCAGCUGUUCCAUUCUUCACCACCACCACAACCACAGUGGCAUCUGUCACAACUCCCACCACCACCCUGUCUCCCACUGCUGCCUUUACAACGCUCCGCCCAACCACCACCAGGCGACUAUUCACCAGCCGCAAGACCACCACAGCAGCUCCAUCCAUCACUUCUACAACUCAGGCCCCCACCACCACAUUCUCAUUGAGGACCAGGCCAGUGGAACACGCCACCAGACCAUGUGACUCACAGCCUUGCCGUCAUGGUGGAACCUGCGAAGAGGAAAGGAAUGGCUUUACCUGCAUCUGUCCUGCUGGAAGAGGAGGAGCCGUGUGCGAGAAAGUUAUAAAGUACUUCAUCCCAUCCUUUGGUGGCAAGUCUUACCUGGCAUUCCCAACUAUGAGGGCCUACCAUACUGUGCGUAUUGCCAUGGAGUUUAGAACAUCGGAAAUGACAGGGAUAUUGCUCUAUAAUGGCCAAACUGGCAAAAAGGACUUUCUAUCUCUGGCACUGAUUGGAGGAAAGGUUGAACUUAGAUUUAACACAGGUUCUGGUACAGCUUCAGUGGUCAGUAAGGAACUGGUAAAGCCGGGUCGCUGGCAUCAACUAGUGGUUAUCCGUAACAGGCGUAAUGCUAUGCUGAGCGUGGACAAUGAGCCAAGCGUCGAGGGACAAAGUCCCCCAGGCACCGAUGGACUCAACCUGGACACAGACCUUUUUAUCGGAGGAGUGCCUGAAGACAUGAUACAAGAUGUAAAGGAGAGGAUAUUGGUGGCCACAGGCCUGGUGGGCUGCGUCCGCAUGCUGGACGUCAACAAUUACGUCUAUAACCUGCAGGAGAACGGCAACGGUGUUCUGUAUGGCUCGGGUGUGGGCGAAUGCGGCAACAACCCCUGCUUGCCGAACCCCUGCCAAAACGGAGCCUCCUGCCAGGUCAAAGAAGCUGAGAUGUUCCACUGCAAGUGUGUCAAUGGUUUCUCUGGUCCAACCUGUGCUGAUACCCACAACCCCUGCGACCCCAAUAAAUGUCACCCAUCAUCACGGUGCCAAGUCCUGCCUGAGGGAGGUUACAAAUGUGAAUGUCCAAUGGGACGUGAAGGCAAGCACUGUGAAAAAGUGUCAGACAAGGGAGGAGAUUUUAUUCCAUACUUCACUGGGGACUCAUAUCUGGAGCUCAAAGGCCUUCAUCUCUAUGGCCAGGAUCUCAGGCAAAAAUUCAGCAUGACUAUCGUUCUGCUGGCCAAUGACUCCAAAGGCAUGAUCUUCUACAAUGGUCAAAAGACGGACGGAAAAGGAGAUUUCAUCUCUCUCUCCCUAAAUGAUGGUAUCCUAGAGUUCAGAUAUGAUCUGGGCAAAGGGCCAGCUGUCAUUAGGAGUAAAGAGAAAAUCAAGCUGAAUCAGUGGAACACAGUGAAUCUGGAGCGGGCCAGCCGGAAAGGAGAGAUCAGCAUUAAUGGCAAAGAUACGGUCAGAGGAGAGGCACCGAAUCUGCACACAGAUCUAAACUUGAAGGAGUCAUUCUUUGUGGGUGGAGCUGCUGAUUUCCGCAAAGUAGCUAGAGCUGCCGCCAUCAAUGAUGGCUUCAAAGGUGCCAUUCAGAAGAUAACUUUGAUGGGCAUUCCAAUCCUGAAGGCCGAUAAUGCCCUAAACUUCAAUGAUGUGUCCAUGUACCCCCAUCACCCAUGCUCCAAAAAUGUUUGUGAGAAUGCGGGCCAAUGCAGCCCUCUGUUGGACAGCUAUGAGUGUGUUUGCCGCCACGGAUUUGUUGGUCAGCACUGCCAGGAUGCAAUAUUCGAGAAAUCCGCUGGAGACACAGAGGCCAUUGCGUUUGAUGGUCACACUUUCAUUGAAUAUCACAAUGGAGUCACAAAGAGUGAGAAGGCCCUACUGGUGAAUAAAUUUGAACUGAGUAUUAAGACUGAGGCUACCCACGGUCUGAUUUUGUGGAGCGGGAAGGGAGUGGAGCGCGCCGACUACAUCGCUCUCGCUAUUGUGGAUGGCCAUGUCCAGAUGACCUAUGACCUGGGCUUCAAACCUGUGGUGCUCCGUUCCUCUGUGCGAGUCAACACUAACCACUGGAUUCAAAUCAAAGCCAGCAGAGCGCUCAGGGAUGGCUCACUACAGGUUGGUAAUGAGGCAGCUGUCACUGGGUCGUCACCCUUCGCUGCCACACAACUGGACACAGAUGGCGCUCUCUGGUUGGGUGGUCUGGAGGAGCUGUCUGUGGCCCGUCGGUUGCCCAAGGCUUACAGCACAGGCUUUGUUGGAUGUGUGAAAGAUGUGAUACUCGACGGGGUGGAACUGCAUCUGGUGGAGGAUGCCUUAAACAGUCCCAAAAUAUUACACUGUACUGCCAAAUAGUCUGGCACCAUGUUCCUCCCAACACCAUGUCUACUGCUGUAAUUAUGUUUCUAUUUUUUUGUAUACUUUUCUUUGCUUUUUAUAUAAGAAAAAUUACAUUGUUUUAAUUAUAAUUAUGUUUUUCUUUUUUUCGUCUCUAUGUCCAUCCGUAAUCACAUCCUCAGUUGCAGGUGAACAUGGUGUCACGAGACAUGUAGAAAGUCUUAUUAUGUCUGUGCUGUACCUAUGACAAACAAUAGAAAAAUCUACUUGCUCAUUACUUGAACAGUGGCAGAUGAGGUCAGUGUUGUUUGAUCUUUCCGGAUUGCCUUCUCUUGGUGCCAUAGAUCACUCCCUGUCUGACAGUCACCAUACAUUCCUCUGAGCUCUUGUUGCGGUCCAUUACAUUUUAAAAGGUCUAAAAAAUGACUUCUGCUUAAUCAAAGAAAUGACAGCAACUGUUUAAUAAGCUGAGCAAGUGUAUGUACAAUAUUCCUCAUUUAUGAUACCACUAACAGUGGUGAAAGCUCAAUCAUUCAGAGCCUUGAAUCCCCUAGCUGAUAGUAGCUGAGAUAACACUUAGCAUUCCUCACAAUUUGACAUCAUUUUCCAUGCAAAUUAUCAUUAUUGACCUGUGAGAUGUAAUAAAUAGUAAAGAACUACAUGAGACUGUGAAUUAUGAAGAUGCUAUAUUUUGUUGCAAACAUUCGUCUCGUGCAUAUCUAAAGAGCAAUUACAUAUAUACCGUAUGUAUAUAUAUAUACAUAUAAAUAUAUAUACUAUAUGACCACUUGUUGCAUGCAUCUUUUUAAGUGUUGUUGAUUUUGCCUUGGUUUUCUUUUAUCUUCAUCAUUCCAUUCAGGGCAGAAAUGUAGCUUAAUAGGUGGACUACAUUGCAAUGUAAAUUACCUUUGUUUCUUCUGUUUUGACAUUUGAUCAUUCAAGUUGGGAGAAAUAUUUAAUUUUUUUAUAUAUAUAUAUUUGCUAUUUGUCAAUCUGAACUUCUUGUGCGUGUGUGUGUGCGUGCGCGUGCCUGCGUGUUGGAAAAUAAGUGCAAGGAAAAAGGAUUGUUACAACAACUCACCAUUGGGAGGCGCUUUAACACAGGAAGAGAUGAGUGACUCAAUGGACACAUCUGGUGGACAAUGGAGCAUUGAAAUUCUGUCAUGUCCAAUCAUUGAACAAAAAUAAUGUUUUCAAAGCAUUUUUUUAUCUAUACUAUAUCAAAUGAAACUAUCGCUGCCAGCACGCGCUAUCAAUAAAGGGAUGAUGUAUGUAGACCCCUCAGCAGCUUAUGACUGUGGCCCCCAAAACAGUUAAUGUCAGAACAGUAACCAGUGAAAAUAUUAAUGCAUGGGUUUGUCAUGUCAAAAUGGUUUUGUAACCUGUUUCAUGGCAGAUUAAAUGCUGUGGUUUCUACUGAUGUCUUAGUGUAAGAAAUAUUCUGAGUUUGAUAUCAGAUGCUUUGCAAUAUUUCUAAACAAACGUAUGCCUGCUAGGGUAAAGUAUCUUUGUCUCUUUUUGUUUUAUUUUUUUAUCCAAAUGUAUCACCCUAGGACAUGCAAGAUCAUAAUCAUAUUAAGUCAUGUGAUUAUCAAGUGUAAAUUUAGCCAUAUGUUACUGAGGUUUUGUUUUAGAAUUAUACACUGGAACCAAGUCUGACUGUGUCUGUACACAAAAGCAUAUCCUGAUGUGGCUUUGAGGAGGGGAUGGGUCAGGGAAUCAUUUAUCAUUUAUGUGUUUAGGGUUUAAACAGAAUCCACAGGAUGUCUAGUGUACUACACUAAGACCAGGAGCCCUCCAUUACUGCAUGAGUUACAGUAUGGAUCAUCCAUACUUUUUUAGUAUGAUCUCACCUCAACUUUACCAGUGGAUUUUAUUUUUUGUCUCUUUUCUGAUAAUGCAAGUUAUUUUUGGACAUCAUUCUGUAGCUUUGCUCCUGCAUACAUAGAGUGCUCUCAAGGGACAAGGCCCAUAGUGCGGAUUGCCAUGGAAUCUGUGUGAUCAGAAUGGAAACUGAGAAAUGCCUUAAAUCAUUCACCAUUCAUGGGUGAUUAAAGUUAAUGUUAAUUUUUUUCUGUGCACUCAACUUUAGCCAGUAUAUUAGUCUCAUUCCCAUGAUGUAAAUUAAUUCAUAAAUGUUAAUAAUUAUAUUAAUAAUGCUUAUGAAAAUUUCCAGAACGUCUCAAUAAUAGUGGUUCUGGACUCUACAAGAAUACUAUUUACUGUACAAAUAAUAUUUUCAGUAUCUUAUUUAUGUCGUAAAGAGGAUUCCCAGUCUGGCAUUUGUAUACUGUUCUGAUCGAACUGUAUCUGAAUCGCAGUGCACAGAAUUAGAGGCAUGAUGUUACCAUUACUAACUUUAAUACUUGUGUCUUGUGUUCCAACCACCAUAAAAUAAAAUGUUAAAUAAACUGACCUGACUUUGAAACCUGUCUGUAAUAUUUUUGUCCUGAUAAUACUUAUGAAUAAAUCCCGAUGAUUCCCAC